CUAUGGUUGAUUUCAAAAUGACAGAAAAAUGUCCUUUUUCCCGGGUCGUUUAAAUUAUAAACUUUUUAUCGGAAAUUUGAGAAGUGAAAAGCACUCCGAACAAUAUUGCCUACGAAUUAUAAAUGGUUUUACAUAAAUGCAGCUGCCAAAAGCUACAGCAAUCUAAAUAAUGUGCAAAGUGAAAACGUAUUUGAGCGGUCGAAUGUGAGAGGUUAUAAGUUACAAAAUGUGACCAUGUAACUGCAGGAUUGUGUAUUAUCUUGGUUUUAAACAUAAUUACAUAAAUAUUUCGUUUGGUUAUCGCAUUUUCCAUCAAAGUUUCGGUACAAGAACACGUAACGCGCGAAACUUUUAUAAGUUGAUGCAGAGGCCCCCAAAAAAUGGCAAGUAUAUUGUGCAGAAGACUUCUAUUAACAAGGACAUUAUGUGUGAAAGAAUUAUCAGUUCUGGCAGCUUGGCCAUCAACAAAUGUUAUUACCAAUCACAAAUUAUUUGAGCACAACGCCAAAAGUAGUGAUCAGAACAAGAUUGUAGUAGCAGUGCCCUUCCCAAGUAGUAUCCAUAUUAAGUAUUACUCAACACAAUCAGAUGAUAAAGGCAAAGAUGAAGUCGCUAAAGAAGAGACAAAGAAACUCUCAUUGUUCCAAAAAUUCAAGAGUAUGUACAGAGACUAUUGGUAUGUUCUAGUACCAGUUCACUUGGUGACAUCAGCUGUAUGGUUCGGAGGAUUUUACUAUGCUGCAAAAAGCGGGAUAGACAUUGUUGGAAUCCUAGAGUCCUGGAACGUCAGUGAAAAGUUGCUGGACAAAUUAAGAGACUCCAGUAUGGGCUACGUCGCCGUCGCUUUAGCUCUAUAUAAAAUAGCGACUCCACUGCGAUACACAGUUACACUUGGCGGUACUACAAUUUCAAUUACUUAUCUGAAGAAAUGGGGGUACAUUAAGCCUGUACCGAGUAAAGAAAGGCUAAAGGAGAUGUAUCAUGACAAAAAAGAAAGUUUUUCCAGGACUAUGAAAGAGACAAAGGAAGAAAUGAUGGAAAAGAAGGAUAACAUUAUGGGCAGCAUACAAGAAACGAAAGAGGAGAUCAGAAGUAAAAAGGAUUCUUUGCUUAGAAGCGUCAGGAAGACAAAACGUAGGUUGAGGAAAAAGGCGAAUGGUAUAGUGAAAAAACAUCCUGGCGCUGAAGCGUGAGAAAAAUACGGAAAUGUGUAUUGUUUCAAAAAUGGAUUCGUUCAAGAUUUUCCGACAGAUUUGGGACCCAGUCCGAACCCAUUGAAGUUGUCCUUGACCUUGCUUGUAAGAGAAGAUCUACGCCACUGGACUGUCACAAUUUUAACGACCAAAAUGUUACUACAGAAGUGUCAAAAUUCAGUCUGACCACUACAGCGAACUGUUAAGCACUAGAAUAACUCAUUUCAAUGCCUUCUGACGCAAAAAAACGUGAACAGCAACGCAAAAAAGAGGCUGCAAAGGCUCGUCAGACUGGCAAGAAAACUGAUAAGCCCAAAAACGAAGAGCCUAACAAGCAAAAUGGCUCAGGUGAUGAAGUAAAUGGACAAGAAAAUGGAAGUACCGAGCUCAGUACGGAAGAGGCACUGUGUGCCAAACUUGAGGCGGAUGCAAGGCUUAAUGCCGAGGCACGUGCCUGCACUGGGUCUCUGGCAGUCCAUCCGAAGUCCAGAGAUGUCAAAAUUGCCAAUUUUUCAAUCACCUUCCACGGAAGUGAAAUGUUGCAGGACACCACGCUCGAGCUUAACUGUGGAAGACGUUAUGGCCUCAUUGGAUUGAACGGGAGUGGAAAGUCUACUCUUUUGGCUGUCCUUGGGAAUAGGGAAGUUCCAAUUCCUGAACACAUAGACAUAUUCCAUUUAACUCGGGAGAUGCCAGCGUCCGAUAAAACGGCCUUAGAGUGUGUCAUGGAGGUGGAUGAAGAGCGUGUUCGUCUCGAAAAGCUGGCUGAAGAACUUGUAGCAUGCGAAGAUGACGAAUCUCAGGAACAACUGAUGGACAUCUACGAACGCCUCGACGACAUGUCCGCCGACACCGCUGAAGCGAGGGCGGCCAACAUUCUGCACGGUCUCGGGUUCACGCGCGAGAUGCAAAACAAGAAGACCAAGGACUUCAGCGGAGGAUGGCGCAUGCGGAUUGCCUUGGCCAGGGCGCUGUACGUCAAACCGCAUUUGUUGCUGUUGGACGAACCGACCAACCAUCUCGAUUUGGAUGCUUGUGUGUGGUUAGAGGAGGAACUUAAAAAUUAUAAGAGGAUCCUCGUUUUGAUCUCGCAUUCCCAGGAUUUCCUGAACGGUGUCUGCACGAACAUCGUUCAUAUAAACAAAAAACGCCUGAAAUACUACACCGGUAACUACGACGCUUUCAUCAAAACUAGGAUGGAGCUUUUGGAAAAUCAGAUGAAACAGUAUAAUUGGGAACAAGACCAAAUCGCCCACAUGAAGAACUACAUCGCGAGGUUUGGUCACGGUUCCGCAAAACUAGCCCGUCAAGCCCAAUCCAAGGAAAAAACGCUCGCGAAAAUGGUAGCUCAAGGACUAACCGAAAAAGUGACCAGUGAUAAACUCGUGACAUUCUACUUCCCAAGUUGCGGUACCAUACCACCUCCUGUAAUCAUGGUGCAAAAUGUCAGCUUUAGGUACAGCGAGAACACGCCGUUGAUCUACAAGAAUUUGGAGUUCGGUAUCGAUUUAGAUACUAGGUUAGCCUUGGUGGGGCCCAACGGCGCCGGAAAGAGUACCCUGUUGAAACUGCUGUAUGGAGAGUUAACUCCGACCGAAGGUAUGAUUAGGAAAAACUCUCACUUGAGGAUCGGCCGUUAUCAUCAGCAUUUACACGAACUCCUGGACUUGGACCUGUCCCCUUUGGAGUACAUGAUGAAAAAGUUCCCCGAUGUCAAGGAGAAGGAAGAAAUGAGGAAGAUCAUCGGAAGAUACGGUCUGACUGGGAGACAACAGGUAUGUCCUAUUAGACAGUUGUCCGACGGUCAAAGGUGCAGAGUGGUGUUCGCCUGGCUAGCCUGGCAGUGUCCACACUUGCUGCUCCUCGACGAACCUACGAAUCACUUGGAUAUGGAAACGAUUGACGCCUUAGCGGAUGCUAUCAACGAUUUCGAGGGAGGCAUGGUGCUAGUCAGUCACGACUUUAGGCUUAUCAGUCAGGUUGCCGAGGAGAUUUGGGUGUGCGAGAAAGGAACCGUCACCAAGUGGCAGGGCGGUAUUCUCUCGUACAAGGAACACCUGAAAUCGAAAAUAUUGAAGGACGCAGCUAAACGAGAAAAGAAGUAAUUUCGACAGCAUCACGAGCGUAGAAUUAAAAGCAAUGCAAUCGGUCCAACAGAACUACGUUUUGUAUUAACUUAUUAUUUUUUGCUUUAAUUGAGUUGAUCAUGUUUUAUUGCGUAAGCGUUAAUUUUUGGGUAUCUUUAUAGAAAUGCACGAAAUUUUUAGUAUCUUUGCCCAAUAGGGUACUGAAAAUAAAUCGGAUAUAUACACAACAUUUUUUAUUGUAUUUUUUACCAUUUCUUUUGGUGUAACGCUUAUUUUAAGUAUUAUGCUGUAGAAAUUGAUUCGAGAAUUUAUAUUACCGAAAAACUAGAGGUGUAAUUUUAGAGAUGUCAAUGAUAUACCCUAUUGACUUUUUACCAUGGUAUUGAUUGAAUCUUGUUGAUAUUUGUGAUAAAACAUAAGUAUGAAGAAACGUAUAGAAAAUAUUUUAUUCUCGUCAUCCUGAAAUGUGUAAGUGAGCUGAAAUUAUAUACACAAUAAUAAUUUUUCUCAAUCUUU